CUGUUGCUAAGUAACCAAAAAAGCUUUAGCCUCGUCAGCUUCUUAUUUUCUUAUAGCAGCAGGUUAGCAGAGCUUACAGCCUGACACAGCGAUGGAGGUGACGAUGGACCCUUUGUUUCUUGCAUGGAGCUACUUCAGGAGGCGGAAGCUUCAACAGUGUUCGGAUAUUUGUAGUAAAAUAUUGCAAGACAGUCCCUACGAUCAGGCUGCAUGGAGCUUGAAAACUAGAGCCCUCACAGAGAUGGUGUACAUUGAUGAAGUUGAUGUUGAUGAGGAGGGAAUUGCCGAGAUGAUACUGGAUGAGAGCUCGAUUGCACAAGUUGCACGACCUGGAACAUCACUGAGACUCCCUGGAACAAGUCAGGGUGGUGGUCCCACUCCAGCAGUCAGGCCGAUGACACAAUCGGGGCGUCCUAUCACAGGGUUUGUGAGACCCAGCACACAGUCAGGGCGACCUGGAACCAUGGAGCAGGCAAUCAAAACACCGCGCACAGCAAGCACCGCUCGUCCUGUCACUAGUGCUUCUGGUAGAUUCAUUCGUUUGGGAACUGCUUCAAUGCUAACCAAUCCAGAAGGACCCUUUAUAAAUCUGUCAAGAAUAAAUCUGUCCAAAUACUCCCAAAAACCCAGUUUAUCCCGGACUCUAUUUGAGUACAUCUUUCAUCAUGAAAACGAUGUAAAAAAUGCUUUAGAUUUGGCAGCUCUAGCCACUGAACAUGCGCAGUUCAAAGAUUGGUGGUGGAAGGUUCAACUGGGAAAAUGUUACUACAGACUUGGUUUAUACAGAGAAGCAGAAAAACAGUUUCGAUCAGCUCUCAACCACCAGGAGGUGGUAGAUACAUAUCUCUACCUCACAAAGGUUUAUCAGCGGAUGGAUCAACCUUUAACAUCUCUUAACCUUUUCAAGCAAGGUCUGGACCACUUCCCUGGUGAGGUUACGCUUCUCACAGGAAUCGCCCGCAUCCAUGAGGAGAUGAACAACAUUUCAUCAGCCACAGAGUACUACAAGGAGGUGUUGAAGCAGGACAACACACACGUUGAGGCGAUUGCCUGCAUAGGCAGCAAUCACUUCUAUACUGAUCAGCCUGAAAUCGCCCUGCGGUUCUACAGACGGCUUCUCCAAAUGGGAGUAUAUAACUGCCAGCUGUACAACAACCUGGGCCUCUGCUGUUUCUACGCACAACAGUAUGACAUGACCCUGUCCUCAUUUGAGAGGGCUUUAACUCUGGUGGCCAAUGAUGAAGAGUUGGCAGAUGUCUGGUACAACAUUGGACAUGUUGCUGUGGGCAUUGGGGAUUUGGUUCUGGCGUACCAGUGUUUCAAGCUCACCCUGGCUUUCAAUAAUGAUCACGCUGAGGCAUACAACAACCUAGCAGUACUGGAGCUUCGGAAAGGUCAUAUUGAGCAGUCCAAAGCCUUCCUGCAGACAGCUGCGUCGCUGGCCCCUCACAUGUAUGAACCAAACUACAAUCUCUCCAUUCUGUGUGAAAAGAUAGGAGAUCUUCAGAGCAGCUACACUGCGGCUCAGAAGUCUGAAGAUGCUUUUCCAGAGCACGCCGACACUCAGCAGCUCCUCAAGCAGCUUCGGCAGCACUUUGCAGCGCUGUGAGGUUCAAAGUCUAUCAGGCCUCCCACUAAAAGUUUAUGAAAAUAGUAAAAGACGAAGGGGUUAGUCAGACAGAAAACGGCAAAGAGGCAUUCAUUUUAUUUCUUAAUGUUUUAUACAAAUAAGAGUUGAAUUUAACAAAGAUUUUACACAAGUAGAAAUGUUGUUUUCUAUGACAGUGUGUAGCCUUUAACUUUUACUCUGUGUGUAGAAGGACUCAUAUGUUUAUUUUUAUGUAAAAUUCUGAAGAACUUUAAAAUUAAGUGCUAAGUUUCUAUAUUUUG